AUGGAAGAAUUAUCACUUGCACAAUUCGUUGCUAAUUUUACUAAAAAUUCGCAAGGUGAUUAUAUUCGUCGAAAGCAACAACGCAUCAUUCGUUAUAGGAAUUAUGACAUAGCCUCAGAUAUAAAUGAGUAUAAAAGAGAAAUGGUGACUUUGCAUAUCCCAUUUCGGAAUGAAGAAUUCGAGAUUCUUGAAGAGAUGAAAUUUAUUAGGAUUUACGACGAAAAUGAAAAUCAAAUUCUGGAGCGACGUAAAGAGUUUGAAUCUGACUUAGACAUUAAUAAAACUAUAGAGCUAUGCCGAAAACUAUGUCGCGAAAAUGAAGAAGCAGACGAUGACGAUGAGAUUCAUGAUAUUGCCACUAGAUUUCCAGAAAUUAAUCCAUUCCAAACGCUAUAUGACAAUCCGAAUUCGGAUGUAAACAGUGAUUUACGUCUCGCAACCCUAAAUAAACUUGGUGCCAUUGCAAAACGGAAAGAAAAUUUAAUGCCUAACGACCAAUAUUAUGAGCUGAUGAAAAUGGCAAACCAAAAACAAAAGGAACUUUUGAUGCACGUCAUUUACAAUCUUCAGUUGGAAGAUCCUCCUCCGCUGCAAAUAUUUUUUACAGGACCAGCUGGAUGUGGUAAAACAUUUGUUAUUAAAUUAUUAAUGGAAAUUUAUAAUCGACAUUCUGAAAGUGAUGGGUUUUGUAAUGCUUAUAUCGCUUGUGCUUCUACUGGUAAAGCUGCUGUGGCUAUCAAUGGGACAACAGUACACACUGCACUGAAGAUAAGUCUUUCAAAGUUGCUUCCUUUAUCAAUUGAAGUAGCCCAACAAUAUAGAUCACUUUUUAAAUAUGUUCGUGUAUUGAUUAUCGAUGAAAUUAGUAUGAUUGGAGCCGAGUUGUUGUCCCAAAUAGAUUCAAGGUUAAAGCAAAUCACCGGUAAUUUUGAAGUCCAUUUUGGUGGAUUAGAUAUAAUUUUGAUUGGUGAUCUACGUCAACUACCGCCAGUUCGUGCUACCCCAAUUUACAAACAAAUAAAACGACAAAUAGCAGGUUUUGCAACAAUAUUAACAAAAAUUGGUAAUGGACAGUUGUUAGAUCAGGAAGAGCUAGAUUUAAUUGAGUCACGGAUUUACUCUGAAGAAGAAGCUGAGAGACUUUGUCCAGACGGUAUACGAUUGUUUUUAAUAAUCAUUCAGUUGCUGAAUACAACAAUAAAAUUUUGA